AUGACGCUCGCUGGGAAGUCCGGAAUAAAUCCACCAGGACCGGACGGAGCCCCUACCCCACCACCCUCGAAAAUCGGGCAACAUCUUUUGACUCUCCUGCGAUUAUUGGAAAAGAAUGGCUUCAGCCAUGACAGUCAAAUGGACGAAAUUGUUUCUUGCUUCCAACGUCUUAUUGCCUCGACUUCGCGGCGGGGUCUACUGCAGGGGAACGUUGAGCUGGCCGCGAAGGUCUUGGCAGAUUCGAGUUUUGGCGAUAGCAACACGUCGCAAACAUCAAUUGGCAGCCGUAGCAUCCGCGGUCGUCGUAGUACACAAAGUCAGAAACGAUCAGGCCGUAUUGAGAAUAGUGACCUCAGAAUCCACGUAGAAAAUGACAAUGGGGCCAACAACGGAAAUGGUAUGGCAUUGGACAUCCACUUAACUCUAUCCGCAAUACUUCGUGUCUUAAACAGCAACAAAUUCGACGAUAGUGUUAGCGGGACGUACGUGACACCAGCAAUCUUGAUAGCCCUAGCUGCCAAUUUCAUGACGGCUACUUGUGAGUUUGUCCAGACACAGGCCGUCGCAGCAGACCCUUCUUGCACAAUUGCAGAGUAUGAAUUGGUCGCUAACUCCGGAAAACCGAUCCUUGUAGCCUUGGAUGAAACCGUGGCAUCCCUUUUACAAAGACUGGAACGAUCCACAGGAAUGCUUCAUUUAAGCUCGAGCCAGGGCGAUAUUGCACACGCUCUCACAUGUUCCCUGCGUGCAGAAGCAUCGCUCGUGGGACUUUUUGGCACGAAGCUCUCUAGGAGCACUGCGAUUGUCACGCGUCUUGCGCAAACGGGUUGGACGGCUCUUUCAGUCUCGCACAAAGAUGUCUUGCGUGCUGCAGCUGCACUUCUUGCGUCGCUGCCGUUUGCUGGCGGAUUGGAUCGUGCCACUCCGUCGAUUCGAUGGAGUUAUACCAUGGCUGAUUUCGUUGCGUUGCUAUCGAGAACCUUCGAAUCGAUCGCUCCCAUCGGAAAGUACGAAAAAUCAAAUAUUCGUGGUGUGAACGGCAGCGUUGCAAUCCCUGAAGAGAUCAAGGAAUGGAUUGAUUCUAUUUGGGCUGCUGACGACGAAAAUCAUCGUCUUGACAGUUUCCUGCAUCUUGUCAAAGGGUUGAUUUUUGUCGUAACAGAUCUCUUGUCUCCUCAUACUCUCGAAAAGACCGGAGGCGAUGGUCUUUUGGCCGCAAGUGUAGAUCUUCCGAGUCUGUUGAGUGCUGCUGAGAAUUUGCUUUCGUUUCCCGUUUCUGCGGAAUCAGCUUACUUCACGACAAAGAAACGGCUUCGACGAGAAUCCAUUGAGAACGGGUGCCUUAGCCCAUCGGUGCUGGUUUAUGGUGCAGCGAAUCAAGUCAAGAUCCUUGGUCACGAACUUUUGGACCAUCUACAAACGGACUUGGGCUCAUCUGUUUUGCUGCCUUACGCGAAGAGAAUAGCGCAAAUAACGUACGGAUCUCUACUAACUGCCUCUUCGGGAGCACUUAAAAAUGUUUUAGAGCCGGUGAAUUCCGCUUUCGGCGAUAACAAACGGAGGAGAUGGCUCCAAUCUUCUAUUCUGACUCGAACGGCGUCCGUCAAAUCUUUCUUGAAGUACGUCCUUACAUUCGGCUGUGAAGCCAAAGUGAAACAGUCUCAGCUGGCAGGAAUUUCUUGCUCUCGGGACGUAAGCUACACGGAACGAUCUAUUCUCGUCACGGUCGGUUAUCUUGUCGAACAACUCAAUAUGGGAGAUGCAUCUGAUCCAGACAACUGGGGAUCACUGACUGAGAAAAAUGAUUUAGUGGCGAUGUGCGCGAGAUGCUUAAGUAGAUGCUUGGUAGCCGGUGGCGAUUAUUUGACCGUUGAAACGAGGCUUUUGGUUGAUUCAGUUAUCGUUGCUUGCUUGUCUGCCGCAACGGCGACGCCAAAAUUGCCAAUCGCACAAUCGAGUCAUGUGAAAGUUUCGUUUCUCGACCUCGCCAUUGAUGCAGCCUCGGUUCCUUGGCCUAAUGGUGCCAGAAGUUCGAUCGUACAUGAUCUAAAUGCCGUUGCAUACAUGAUGUUGCGAGAUUCGGAUGAAACAGUCUCCAGUAGAGCUUAUUUGGUCUUAAGAAUUUGCGAUUCAUUUGGCACUCCACGAGCUCCUGCUAUUGCUGUCGUUCGGCGAAGCGAGCAGCCAAUACAAUCCGACACGUCUACUGCCUCUAGGAUGAAAGAGAGCUUCGAAGAUGCAAGGGUGAAUAUUCAGGAGCAGGAGAAAGUAUCUCGAAAACGUGUAGACUCGCCGAGCCAGUCUAUCCAAGGCCAUCAGAAAAAAACCAAAGAAGGCAGGCUCUUGAAAGCGAGCUCACAACCGAUAGCUAGGUCUCCCGACGUUGUCAUAGCGCUCGACAUGAACGAGAAAGUCAAGGAAAAACUCGAAACAGACGGCUCAGAAGAGAGGAGCUCAUCUAAAGUCAAAUCAGGCCUAGAAUCAGUCAAAAUAUCUAUCGUGCAUCCCAACGACGACGAGGAAGACAUUGAUUUCCCUAUAAUCGUUGACUGUGGACCGGAUAAAGAGGACACAUAAAGAUAGUACAAAGGUGACUUAGUGUA